AAAUGGGAUAGUCGGACCUGCAUUCGUGGCCACCGCGUACUGAGAUGCCAGCACUUUGAACGCCCGAUGUGUCGUGUGCGCAAAGCGGGUCGUCCGCUGACGCAGUGUCCGCACGCUGGUGUCCCCCAUUGCCCGUGUGUAGAGCUCUGGUGUGCGAUGGCACCUGUGCCCAACGGUUGGUGGCACAUAUCUCCUUCUAUGAAUCUUUAUUGGUCUUUGUGUUUAUGUGGGUGGUAUUGGACUAACUCAUGA